GCGCUUGCCUCUCUCUCUUUCUCCAAGCUCCAAGAAGAGAAUUUAUAAAUCUAUAGCAUAACCUAUAAUUUACCUGCGAGCGCGUGUACACUUGUUAUGAUUUAAACUUUCGAUCAUUCCGAAUCGCACGAGAAUGGGUGGCUCGAAGAAAAGCUCGAAAGCAUUGAAGACCGGGCCGAUCGACAAUGCGUGGUCGUUAAAAAUACCAGAAUUUAAAGAAACAGAUAAUCCACAUCGUCUUCUCGAGGAAAGCUCGUUCGCGACUAUGUUUCCGAAGUACCGGGAGCAUUAUUUGAAAGAGCAUUGGCCAUUAAUUCAAAAAGCGCUAGCCGAGCACCACAUCAAGGUAGAGAUGGAUCUCAUCGAAGGGAGCAUGACAGUGAAAACUACCAGAAAGACCUGGGACCCGUAUAUCGUCAUCAAGGCUCGCGAUAUGAUCAAGCUCAUGGCUCGUUCAGUUCCCUUUGAACAGGCAGUUAAAGUACUCCAAGACGACAUCGCUGCAGAUGUCAUAAAGAUAUCUUCUUUCGUCAGAAACAAAGAAAAGUUUGUCAAGAGGAGACAAAGGCUCAUUGGACCAAAUGGAUGUAACCUGAAAUCCAUUGAACUGCUCACUAACUGUUACGUUGUGGUUCAGGGUCAAACUGUAUCGGCACUGGGACCUUACAAAGGUGUACAACAAGUGAGAAAGCUAGUACAGGAUACCAUGAAGAAUAUUCAUCCAGUUUAUAGCCUCAAGACAUUAAUGCUUAAACGAGAGCUUGCCAAGAAUCCAACAUUGAAGAACGAAAAUUGGGAACGGUUUCUUCCUAAGUACAACAGUAAAAACAUAAGCAAGCGCAAAGAACCAAAGAAGAAGAAAGAGAAGAAACCAUAUACUCCAUUCCCACCACCUCAGCAAGAGAGCAAGCUUGAUAAGGCGAUGGCAUCUGGUGAAUUCUUCCUGAAGGAGGAGCAGAAGAGGGCAAAGAGAAAGAAGGAACAGGAAGCGAAACAUGAAGAGGCUACAAAGAGGAGACAAGAGCGUAGAGCGCAGGUGUUUAUGCCACCUGAAGAAAAACCUGUUGAAAGUGAAACUGCAAAGACUGAUAUAGACAUUGCUGAAAUAAAGAAAAAAGUUCAACAAGGACUCAAAAAACGUAAAACAAAAUAAUAUUAAAAUUGGAAUUUGAUAAGUAUAAAGGAAUGUAUAAAGUUAAUGUUUGUUACGCAAAUAUAAAUUUAUGGAAA